UGUCGAUGAAUUUAUUUCGCUGUUUCGCAUUUACCGAUUCUCAUUAUUUGGAAAUAAGUAAAUAAUUUACUCCAUAUUUGACUGACUGUCUCAAUCGUAGUUCAAUCAAUGUAAAAUGGGUGACAACAAAUCUUCUAAAGUCAGCCAAAACAUUUGUGGACUUUGCAAUGAAAAGCAGAGUAAAUACUGCUGUCCUCGGUGUGAGAUUUUCUACUGUUCAUUAGACUGCUACAAAUCUGAAAACCACAUGCAAUGUUCCGAAAGCUUCUACAGAGAAUGUGUGAACAGCGAACUGAUGUCCCACCACGCUGGCGACGAAUCCAGAGACAAAAUGGUCGACAUACUAAAGAGGAUGCAAGAUGAGGAUAACAUAGACAUAGACAACUUGAUAGAAUAUGAUGAUGAGCCGGCCGAUUCUGAUGAUGAAGCAGAAAUUGACCUUCAGGAUCGAUUAAGGGAUCUAAAUCUUGAUGAUGCGGAUGCUGUAUGGAAUGCUUUAACUGAAGAUGAGAGGAAUGAGUUUGAGGCCUUGUUGAAUCAAGGGGAUGUUGGGUCUAUAGUGCCACAAUGGGAGCCAUGGUGGACUUAUCGUAGAGAUAAGAAAUUGGUAGAAGAUGUAGCUGUGGAUGAUGGUGAAGCUUUAAAGAAUUGUCCUGAGUUGAAGCCUGUGCCAAAGUUUGAAACUUUAACUACAGCAACCCCAUCACCAGCCAUCAAGAACAAUAUAACCAACGUGUUAGCGUCCUACGCAUUCAUAAUGAGGUACUUCAACGGAGACAUACAACCAGCAGAGGCGGUAAUAUGUCUCCUGAACAUAUGUGAUAAUCUGGACAGCAAUGCUAACUAUGAUGAUCCUGCUAUAGCCUUGGAGUCUGUUGCUCAGAAGUGUCUUCAGAGUGAACUAAUACAAACAGACGAAGCCAGUCUCACAGUCAUGAAGAAGGACACAUUCUUGAUAAUUCGAGGUCCCAGUGAAGAAAACGAGAAAUAUUACUGCCAGGCUGCUUUAUCACAUCUUCAUCAAAUUCUUUCUCAAGCCAAAUCCCAAGAAAAACAGUCAAAAAGUAACCAAGAUACAGUGAAAACAGAUUUUUCUAGAAAGUUCCCAGAACAUGAAAGGGAGAAUUUACCCAAGUUAGAUAUAAGCAAAGUUAAGAAAUGUAUGAAAAAAGUUGAAUACUAUUUGUCUUACAUAGAUAGCUAUAAUAUGGAUUUUGAAUAAAUAAUGUUUACCUACUUAA